ACCGGCCGUCUCUCGGUGUUUCUGCUCUAAAUGCUCCGCCUGCUGAAUGAAACACAUCCACAGUGAGGUAACUGUCCGUUCAACGUUCACAGCGGUGAUGAGAGGCUGUUACAGAGUUAGCUAGACGAGGCUAAUGCUAACAUGCUAAUGCUAACAACACAGAAAUGAUGGAGUCUUGUCUCGGAGGGAAGCCGGAGAGAGUCGGACCGGUGGAGGUGGACGACAUCAAGAGAGACCUGCUGGGUGAAUUCACUGCUCUACCUGCACAGGACAACGUUCAGUCAGAGAACCUGCAGGUGUACCUGAGAGUUCGACCGUUCACCGCCGCCGAGAGCGACAACGGAGGGUCGCAGGAGUGUGUGACCAUCGAGGGGCCGGACACGGUGGUCCUGAAGGCUCCCAGGAGCUGUCAAUCAAACCGACAGAGCGACAAGUCCCUCCCACAGACCGCACAGAGGUUCACCUUCACACAGGUGUUUGACCCGGAGGCCAGUCAGAGGAAGGUGUUUGAAGGUUCUGUUCGUGGUUUGGUCCGAGACGUUCUGGGUGGAGGAAACUGUCUGGUGUUCACGUACGGAGUCACCAACGCUGGGAAGACCUUCACCUUCCUGGGUCCGGACCAUGACUCCGGUCUGCUGCCCCGGUCUCUGGCGGUGAUCUUUAACAGUAUUGAAGGUCGUCUGUACGCUCGGACCGACCUGAAGCCUCAGCGCUGCCGAGACUUCAGCAGACUGACUCCAGACCAGCAGGCAGCCGAGUCCAGCAGCAAGAGGAACCUGCUGAGGCUGCUCAAAGAGAGCGACAAAACUCAGACGUCUGGAAGAUCAACGUUUCUUGACGGCUCGGCUCUGAGCACCGACAGCAGCGUGAACAGCGUCUCUGAGGCCGACAGUUUCUGUCUGGACGUGGACUCAAACGUCCGUUUCUCCGUCUGGGUUUCAUUCUGUGAGAUUUACAACGACAACAUCCACGACCUGCUGGAACAGGUUCCCAGUGGACACCACAAGAGGACGGUGCUGCGUCUGUCUCAGGACGUCAAAGGAAACUCCUUCAUCAAAGACCUGCGGUGGGUCCAGGUGAGCAGCUCUGACGAGGCCUACAGAGUGAUGAAGAUCGGGAAGAAGAACCAGAGUUUCUCCUCCACCCGACUGAACCAGCUGUCCAGCAGGAGCCACAGCAUCUUCUCCAUCAGGAUCCUCCGAGUGGACGACGUCGGCGUUCCCAGAGUCCUCGGCAUCAGCGAGUUGUCUCUGUGCGACCUGGCCGGCUCGGAGCGCUGCUCUCGGACUCACAACACCGGAGAGCGACUGAAGGAGGCGGGAAACAUCAACAGCUCCCUGCUGACGCUCGGGAAGUGCAUCAACGCCAUGAGGCUCAACCAGCACGCCAAGUUCCAGCACCACGUUCCCUUCAGGGAGUCCAAGCUCACCCACUUCCUGCAGUUCUUCUUCUGUGGUGCCGGCCGGGUCUCCAUGGUGGUCAACAUCAACCAGAACUCGUCCUGCUUCGACGAGACGCUCAACGUCCUCAAGUUCUCCGCCCUCGCCCAGAAGGUGGUGGUGUUGAGCUCGAGGCCGGCGGUCCCGGACGACGCCCCUCACAAGUCGGCCAUGGAGCUGUCGAUGAUCAUCGACGAGGCCGACCGACGCAGGAACGUGUCGGGGCGAGGCAGGAAGAGCUCGCUGGUCGCCUGGGAGACGACCCUGGAGGACGUGCUGGAGGAUGAGGACGGUGAAGAGUCGUGGGAGGAGGAUGAAGAGGAGGAGGAGAGUGGGAUGGAGGGAACAGUGCUGGAGGCAGGAGGUGAGGAAGAUGAGGAGAAGGAAGGGGACAGGACCAUGGAGGUAGAAGAGAAGCGGUCGGACCGGGAGGCGGCGCUGCGUUUGGUUCUGGAGGCUCAGAUCAGAGAAGAAGUCAGCGCUGAGUUCAUGGAGCUCUACAACAAGAUGGAGAAAGACUACAGUGAGCGUCUGGAGAAGGAGAGGGAGAUCCUGGAGGAGCGAGCCGAGAAGAGAGUGGAGAUCCUGAAGAACCUCGUCAGCAAGACGGUCGACCUGUCCACGGUCAACACCGACUCCGGCAAGGAGGAGCAGGCGGAUCUGUUGGAGGGAAUCAUCAGCUCAGUGACUGAAGACCUGGAGAAGAUCAGAGAGGACGCUCAGAGUGUUCACCGCUGUCUGACUGAACACACACACACUGCAGAGCUGGAGGCGCUGCGACUGGAGAAGCAGCAGUCACAUGACCAACUGCAGGAAGCCAAGAAGAGUCUGGAGCAGCAGCAACACAAGUUAUCAGAGCUGGCGAAGAUCUGUCAGCAGAAAGACGACAUCAUCAACAAACUCCAGACCGCCAUGGACGCCACCGUGGAGAACGCCACCAGAGACAGGGAUCUGGUGGAGUCGAUCCGGUCGGAGCUGCUGGAGCUUCAGCAGACCUGCAGCUGUCUGAGGAGGACGGGAGGAGAGGAGGUGGAGGAGAGCAGGAAACGCCCGCAUGAAGCUGUGGAGGACGAAGAGAAGAGCGGACCGGCAAAGAAGAGAGGCUCCCCGGUUCUGGAGGAGGAGAUCUGGAGGCUGCAGGAGGAAAACGAGAGGAAAGAGGAAACCAUCGCUGAGCUGAGAGAGGGGGAGGAGGAGAGGAGCAGACGGGAGGAGGAGGUGGAGGAGAGGAGGAGGGGCCUCGAGGAGGAGCUAAGGAGACGGGAGGAGGAGGUGGAGGAGAGGAGGAGCGGCCUAGAGGAGGAGCUAAGGAGACGGGAGGAGGAGGUGGAGGAGCUGAAGAAGGAGCAGGUUGUCCUGGAGCAGAAGGUGCAGGAGCUGACAGAUGUGGACGAGUGUCCAAACUGUGACUCGGUGUUUUCGUCUCUGGAGUUGGAGCAGAGGGAAACAUCCAGACUGUUGAAGGAGAACAAAGCUCUGGUUAACGGCAUCUUUCAGCUGCAGACCGAGGUGACCAGUCUCCAGACGAAGCUCAAAGAGCAGACUGACAGGUCUGACAGCCUAUCAGAGCAGCUCAGCAUUGCAAAGACCCGCCUCCAGGACCUGGAGAGCCAAUCAGACGAAAAGGCCGACAGCAUCAACAGUCUGACACAGGAAGUGGAGCGUCUGAGACAGGAAGUCAAGGAGGAGGAGGAGCGGAGCAGCAGCAGCAGUGUUUUCCAUGCCGCCAUGGAGGAGCUGAAGAAGGAGAGCCAGGCAGCGCUGGAGAGAUCGUCUCAGAAAUCCCAACAGAUCCAAGAUCUGCAGAGAGAGAAGAGCCAGCUGGAGGAAGCUCUGACGCACAGUGAGAACAGGUGUGUUCAGCUCAACAACGAGUUAACCAAUCAGAAAGCAGAGUUCACCCGUCAGCUCCAGAACCUGAGGGCGGAGCUUCAGUCUGAGGGCGGAGCUCUGCGAGGGAGAAUGGAGGAGAUUGAGAGAUCAGAGGAGGAGAGGAGGAGGAACCAGGAGAGGGAGAAAGAAGAGCUGCAUCAAGUCGUGUCAGAAAAGGAGAAACUUGUAGAAGAAUGUCGCAGACAGACAGAGACUCUGAGAACAGAGCUGGAGCGUCUGAAGGAGGACCUGCAGAGGAGGGAGGAGGAGGAGGAGGAGAAUAAGGAGAACAAAGAGGUGGAGGAGAGGAAGGUGCCGGUGGUGGAGGAGCUGAAGGAGGAGAUCCAGAGACUCCAGGAGAGGAGAGGGAGGCAGCAGCAGGAGGAGGAGGAGGAGGGGUGGAGCAGGCAGUUUGAGGCUGUGAGGAAAGAGAUGGAGAGACUUCAGAGCCUGAAGGAGGAGGGAAACACUCAGAGGUGUGGUGUUCGUCCAGAACAGGACGUCCAUGUGUCUCCUCUGAGGUCCAACAUGGCCGACAGGAAGAAAACCCCCAAAUCUACCGGGAGGAAGAGGAAGAGCUGCGAGGUGCAGGACCUGGUGAUCAGUGAGAACAAGAGAAACCGAGUGAGAGGAAACACUCGAAUCAACAAACCGUCCUCUUCUGUGGUGAAGGAGAAGAGAGACGGGACCCUCCAGAAGAUCGGAGAGUUGAUCCACAGCUCUCCGUCCAUCCUGGGCAGCAAAGCUAAAACCAUCAUCGGUCUGGUCAGUGGACACUCAGUGGACGCAGUUACCACGGCAACCAAACCCAAGAGAGGACGGAAGAAGCUUUACAAGAUGGACGCCUCGACUCCGAUGCUCGACUCCCCGAACACGGCGUCUGGAGGAGUGAAGGAGGAGAAGGAGAGCGAUCACCUCAUCAUUAAGAGACAGCUGCGCUCCUGCAGGAAGUGACAUCAUCAUCAUCAUGUGACAUCACCAGAUGGUGUUAAAACCUCUCAGGACUCUGAAGAGGAAGUUUCAUUUUAAAUAUCUGUACAGUUUGUUUUGUCUGGUUAGUGAGUUUUUUAUCUCUCAGAGAACAGAACAAGAAUUCACUUUAUGAAAAAUAAAACGAUCGUCUGUCCUC